AUGGUGAAUGUAAAUUCAGAAAAUAAAAUUUGUUUUUGUUUUUGAUUCAAAUACCUAUAUUUAUUUAUUUGUGUAUUUAACAAUUUUUGUUGUUUUCUUUGAUAUAUUUAAAAUAUAUAUUCCUACAUUGUUAAAAUAUCAGAGGAAAAUGGUUGACGAUCUACGAAAAUAUUUAAAUCAUCUAUUGGAAAAGGUGAACGGUCUUCACUGUAUAUUAAUAACGGAUCGUGAUGGCGUACCAGUUGUGCGUGCAGUGACUGAGAGAGCACCACAAUUGGCUCUUAGGCCCAACUUUAUAUCUACAUUUGGUAUGGCUACAGAUCAAGCAAGCAAACUAGGUUUAGGCAGAAAUAAAACUAUUAUUUCUAUGUACUCUAGUUAUCAGGUAAGUUUCUUUUUGAAAAAAAAAAACCAUUUAUAUGCUAUAGAUUUUAUCUAACAUGCUGUGAAAUAAGUAAAUUUUUGAUCUCAUCCUGCCUGGUAUAGGAUUGCGAUCGAGUUAUAGUAUUGAAAGGGUUUGAAAGUUAUUUUAUGGAGGAAUUUCAGACAAAUACUGGGGUGACCUUAAUAUCAAUACUUAUAGUUCUUAGUUAUCAUUGUGAACCCAACAAGCACAUAAUUUACGCCUUGGAGUCCAUGAGAAUUCUUUUUAAUAAAUCAUUAAUUUUGUUAACCCUCCGUGUACCAGGUGACUAAAAGUCUCGUCCCAUACUGGGUGGGGUGUGACAAACCCCAAAAUAAAAAGUUACAAAAUUUACAUAUUUUUUGUUUUUUGGCAAAAUUAAGUAUUAGGUAUUUAUAAAUACAUAAUAAUAAUCAGGUUUAAAUAAAACUCAGAGUAUAAAAUAUAUAUUAAAAUAUUUAUUAUUAUAAAAGAACAAAAAAACACAACUUCUGUAAACAAGAAAGCCAUAGGCAAGAAAGUAUUUCUGCAUCAAAUUCGCUGUUUGUGUCACUCUAAAUACACAAAUUCAGAUUCAUCUACAGAUCCCGGUUCUGAUGCUCUAAAUUCUAACUAAAAGUCGUCUCCUUCGUCUAAAUAUGCUUGUAAUAUAUCAGCUUCCUUGAUAUGCGACAUUUUUCUUGUUAACUAUUAUCUGUAACGAAUUAAAAUCCAUUGAAAAUGCUAAAUAUACAUAAACUAAACACUACAUAAAUACAAAAAUACAUAUAUUACAUUGAAUAAAGAUCUUACCUCUUUAUCAAAGUGCCGUACGAGGUGGGGUGUGUGAUGCCCAUACGUACAUUAAGGUCGUGUAGCUCGUUUGAAAGUUGCAGCUGGACUGACUUAGUGCCACUGAUCAGAGCAACAACGUUGCAAUUCCAGCUACUGAGAAUUCGAACUUAGGCGCGUUCACAGUUUUUAAAUUAUUGCGAAAUUUGAAGGACUGGGGUUUGUCAAACCCCACCUGGUGCACGGAGGGUUAAAAAUAUAAGCAAAUUCAUACUUAAAUAUUGUUUUUUUACACAUUUAGAAAUAUUGGACUAGUAUAGGCUUUCAUAUCAUAUUUUGCUAAAAGUAACACACCCUACACCUAAAAUAACCACCCAAUAUUUGUUGCUGAUUUUAUUGCUCAUUAUGAUUGAAUUGCUCACUGCAUUCUAAUUUUAUAAUAUAUGAUAUGAUUAUGAAAAACCAUUUUUUUUACUAAAACCAUAGGCUUCUGUAGUACACCAAACUGUCCUAUCCCUCUCAAAAUCAAUUGUAGGUUUAUUCAUCCCUCUGACAGUGAGUCACGGCCAUGAAGCAAAUAUAAAGAGGAGACGGCAUAAGCAACUGUGCACUAAUUCUAAGUAGGUCCUGAUGUCAUCAUAGUGGGCGUGGCUUUAGUUAGUAUACUGUCAGCAUUCGUCCUGUGCGCUUAUGUGUCGAAAAUCGCAAAUCGUUGUUACAUAGUGAAAUCUAAUUACAACACAUGUUUCCGGACCCUUCACCACUUUAGAUUAAAAUCCAGCUCUUAUAAUCAAUAUAUUAUAUUACCCAUCAUCAUCAUUACUGAACAAAGGUCUCCAUCAUAAGGGUGAAACUUGCCAUAGUUUCCACGCUUGACAGGUGAGUUGGCAACUACAGUUUUUUCCACAUUCUACUGCCUAACUGGAAGACCCUGCUGCCCAUUACAUUGUUUGUUUCCAUCUGUCACCUCUUAUGACACCCAUGGAAUAAUAUGGGGUGGUGGAUAUUCUUAUGCUGCCACUACACAGCACCAUUUCUUUGUAGUAAUUUAAAUAUAUUUUGUUUUUCAUUAGACUUUUCACCAUCAAAAAUUUGGUAUCUCUCGCUUACACCUUUUAGACUCUUUGAGUAUUAUAAUAACUUUUCUUAAUAAUUAAAUCAAAAUACACUUCACCUUUAGUGUAUCAUUAGCACCUGAUCUUUUGAUGCAUCAAUACUUGUCAUGCCUCAACAGGUCUUCAUAUUACAAUGUAUUUGCUGAUUGAGAUUGUUAACCAAAAUCUGUCUUUCCCAUUGUUUAAUCUAUCCAUUGAUGCAUUACAGCCUAUGAAAGUCUACUGCUGUACAUAGGCCUCCCUGAUAGAUUGCCUCACAGGGGGGAUUUUUCCAAAGUUGCCAAGCUUGACAGGCAUGUUGGCAACCAUAGUUUUCUAUUAUUAUGAGUUAUCAGUGGAUCCACUACCCCAUUUCCUCAUGUCGGUGUUGUUAAAGGCGACUGAGGAUACCUUAAAUAGGAGCAUGGAUGAGAUGGGCAGCAGCAUCUUCCUGACAAAAACUAAAAAUAAUAAAAAACUGUAAUUACCAACGCCCCUGCCUAGCAUGCCAGCUAUGGCAAAAUGAGGCAUGGUCCCCAUGAGGCAAUCUUUGAGGGGGCUUUUGUUCAGCAGUGGACUUAUAGGCUGUGAUGGUAAUGGAAUAUAUAUUAUUUUCUGCCAACUUCCAAAAAGGAGACGGUACUCAAUUCGACUCUAUGUUUACUUUUUUAUGUGUGUUAUAUCUUUAACUCAUAACUUUUUACUGGGUGAACGGAUUUCGAUGAUUCUUUUUUUAUUCGAAAGCUGGUACUUCUCGUGUGUGCCCAUAUGAAUUUGAUCAAGGUCAGACCAAUAGUUUUUGAGUUUUUCUUAAUAACUUAUAUUGAAGUUGGUUGUAGAAUUUUUUUAAUUUUAAAUUAUUAUAUAUACACUCUCAGAAAUGAGAAGAGGCCUGUGUUCAGCAGUGGUAUAACUUUAACUUUUAUAUAAUCUCCUAUAUAUAUAAUUGUUGGUUCUCAUCUAUUAGAGAUUAUGUCAUAUUUAUACAAUAUAUUUGUAUUGUCAAGAUGUCUGUUUAUAUCUAUGCAAAACUCCAAUAGUGCUGUAGCCAGUUAUUAGCAAAUUCUAAAUUUAUAUUACAGGCCAAUUACUUUCCUCCAAAACAUUUAUAAGAUCAUUACGUCUUACCUUAGCUAAUAAAUUUACAAGCAUGUUAUCUCCUAAAUUAUAUUAGCAGAACAACAGAAAGGAUGCAGAAAAUGUAGUCUAGGUUGUAAAGAAUAGUUGAUUAUUGACACAAUUGUCUUUAAACAAGCAGUCACCAAAAAAGGAAAUAUAAUCACUAUGUUUAUUGACUACAAAAAAGCACAGUAAAGACACAGUACCCCAUAAGCUGGCUUAUAUACAUUUUAGAACACUAUAAAAUUUAUCCUCAAAUUAUAGAAUUCUUAAAAAAUGCAAUGCUCCAUUGGAGAAGUACUCUUAAGCUUUACAUUGGUGACUCUUGUUUAGAGACCAAUAUAAUAGCAAUCCGAAGGGGAAUAUUUCAAGAUGAUUCCUUAAGUCCUCUCCGGUUCUGCCUGACUUUAAAUACUUUAUCUAAACUUCUCUAUAGAACUGACAAGGGAUAUAAAGUCCCCAACGGAAAUACACAUCACACACUAUCACAUUUACUUUAUAUGUACGACAUAAAAUUGUAUGUAGUAUCAGUGAAGUAGCUUAAAAGAUAUACAUAGUCUUGCUGAUAUAACGGAAAGCUCUUCAACUGAUAUUCAAAUGGAAUUUGGUAUAAAUAAAUGCAGGAUACAAUAAAAUCGUAGAGGCAAAUCAGAACAAAAUUCGUAUACUCUCCAAAGAGGUGACACCAUUGAACCUGUAGAUGAAAUUAUUGGCUAUAAAUAUCUAGGAUUUAUUCAGACUUGACAGAUUCACCAAAACAUGUGAAAAAAACAUUAGAAACAGAAUUUAAAUUAUGCCUAAAUAGAAUACUUAACACACACCUAAAUGCACGAAACGGCAUUAAAGCAGUAAACACAUUCGCUAUCUCAAUUUUAACUUAUUUUUUUGGUAUAAUUCAUUGGUCUAUAAGUAACUUAAUAAAGAAGCUGCAACGUCUCAUCAAUACAACAAUGACUAAAUACAGAAUACACCACCCUAGAUCUUGUAGCAAACGACUUACAUUACCUAAAGUAGAAGGUGAAAGAGGUUUCAUAGAUAUAAAAAAUCUUCAUAACUCUCAAAUUUCAGCUAUUCGAAACUUUUUCCAUCAACAAGCCAAUAAUAGUCCGCUUUAUAAUGUUGUUGUGCUAGGCUAUACUAAACUCAUUCCUUUAAACCUCAAAGAUCAAAGAAAACAGAAAAAUGAAAGUAUUAUCUCUGCACAGGAUAAAAUUAACAGCUGGUUGCAGAAGACAUUAUAUGGAAGACACUGAUACGACUUGAUGAACACAAUCGUAGAUAAGAUAGCAUCUAACAUGUGGCUCAAGCACGGAGAACUCUUCCCUGAAACGGAAGGCUUCAUGUGAUUCAAAUGAACAAGCUGCCAUUAAUCAUUACAUUUAUUGGGAGUGACAACUGUAACACUGGCCAUAUAUUAUCGUUGGAGAGUCAAAUAGAGCCAUUCUUAAAGGAUCUAGCAGCAGUGGUGGCAGAUGCGCCAUAGCUUGUAAUAACCGGCAGUAAAGUGGUUAUAUAAUAUAUUAUAGUGUUAAAAAUGUGAAUUAUAUUACUGUAUAUAGCUACAUGCGAUAAUAUCUUUAAAAUAUAUAAUAUGUUAUGUUAUGGGCAACAUAUAUCAACAGAGCAACGGAUAGGGAGUUGGAGAGGAGACUAGAUGACAAAAUCAUAUAACAAAGAGGGCUACUGAAUUAUGAAUUCAAACAUACUAAUUAACCCUCAUUUUGGUUUUCAAUUUUGAGAUGUGGUUAAUACAUACGUACUUUGGAAAUAUCAUAGUGCAUUUGUUUUUUUUAAAAUGACAAAUGAACUUACAAUCUACUUGAUGGUAAGUGGCUACUGCAGUCCAUGGACACCUGAAGCCAACUUUAAAGAAUGCUGCAGGUGCAUGUCGCCUUUGAGGUUUAAAAUGGAAUGCCUCACAGCCUUAUAUUAUACCGGUUCUCUUAGCAUUCAGAGCAGCACACAAGAGCACGCACUGCAAUUUAGCGACAUAUAGGUAAGAGGGUUGUACCUACCUACACGGAAUCCUAGGUAAGAAGAGGGUCAUACCACCUACUAAACUGUCACUAACUGUCACUCUCAUAUAAUUUACAAUGAAGAAAUCAUCUAUCUACCGUUUAAAAUAAAUCCCCAUUUGUACUUUGUAAUAUUAAAUUGUAAAUAUUGUCAUACAUUUGAAUAUAAUAUUGUUACAUUUU